AGUGGAGGUUUGCUCUGGAAAGAAGAAUGGUCAGCUGGAGCAAAACAGUGUAUUUGAAUCAACUUUAUUGACAAAUAUUGCACAUACAGAACACCGUGCAAUACGUGAUGCAGUUUGAGUAAAAAUAACAAUAGAUUGUUGAGUGAGAGGAACUCAAAUUGAGAUAAAAACAAAAAAAAAAGUUAAAGGCGGAUAAUUGGCUGCUCUAAAGGGACCAUCAGAUCCGUAAAUAAUUUGUUCUAAUACUUUUAUUUAUUCAUGGAUUAAAUGAAUUAGAUAAACAAUGUAUUUUUUUUUCCAAAUUAAGUUUCGUAGAACAGUUGGAAUUCAGUGGAAUCCGUGAAGGUGUAAUCGUUCUGCAGCCUGUCCAAUCAGGAGGCGGAGGAGAGGCUGUGCCGCGACACGGCGACAGAACUCAGGCGGCGACAGCCCUGUUGGCGUCCGGACCGGUUCCCAGCCACACCGUCACCCUCUAUUUGCAACACGAUGGCUGACGUGGAGCUCGUGAAGAAGAUGCUACAGGGCAUCCUGCACUCCAACAAAGGCGGGGUGUCCCUGACCCGUCUGCAGACGGAGUACAAGGAGGCGACCGGUGAGCAGAUACCGCAUAAGCAGAUGGGACACAACCACCUGGACACGCUGCUCGUCAGCAUGCCGUCUGUGGUGCGAGUGGAGCGCAGCCGCUCUGGAGAGGCUAGCUAUUUUGCAUCAGCAGCCAGUGAAAGGACCCAUAUAGCCAAAGUGAUGGCCCGAGAGCCAAACUCUAGGAGGAUCAGCCGGCCUCACCUGGUCAACACGCAGAUGAGGGUGAAGCCGGCCGCUCCGUUCAUCCUCAACGGUAGGUCUAGUUUUGUAUCAGUUGAGAUUUUUGUUGGAAGGUGGAUGACGUCACAGGAAAACCCCCAAAAGUGGUGGAUGUUGAUGCUGAUUUGGUGUGUGGUUAAAAAUGUGUGACGAGCCCAAAAUGUU